AGAAAUUAGCAGAGUACGGAAAGACAUGUACAAUGACACAUUAAAUGGCAGUACAGAGAAAAGGAGUGCAGAAUUGCCUGAUGCUGUGGGACCUAUUGUUCAGUUACAAGAGAAACUUUAUGUGCCUGUAAAAGAAUACCCAGAUUUUAAUUUUGUUGGGCGAAUCCUUGGACCGAGAGGACUUACAGCCAAACAGCUUGAAGCAGAAACAGGAUGUAAAAUAAUGGUCCGAGGCAAAGGCUCAAUGAGGGAUAAAAAGAAGGAGGAGCAAAAUAGAGGCAAACCCAAUUGGGAGCAUCUAAAUGAAGAUUUACAUGUACUAAUCACUGUGGAAGAUGCUCAGAACAGAGCAGAAAUCAAGCUGAAGAGAGCAGUUGAAGAAGUGAAGAAAUUAUUGGUACCUGCAGCAGAAGGAGAAGACAGCCUGAAGAAGAUGCAACUGAUGGAGCUUGCGAUUCUGAAUGGCACCUACAGAGACGCCAACAUCAAAUCACCAGCCCUUGCCUUUUCUCUUGCAGCAACAGCCCAGGCUGCUCCAAGGAUCAUUACUGGGCCUGCGCCUGUUCUCCCACCGGCUGCCCUGCGUACUCCUACGCCAGCUGGUCCUACCAUAAUGCCUUUGAUCAGACAAAUACAGACCGCUGUCAUGCCAAACGGAACUCCUCACCCAACUGCUGCAAUAGUUCCUCCAGGGCCCGAAGCUGGUUUAAUCUACACGCCGUAUGAAUACCCCUACACGUUGGCACCAGCUACAUCAAUCCUUGAGUAUCCUAUUGAGCCUAGUGGUGUAUUAGAGUGGAUUGAAAUGCCAGUCAUGCCUGAUAUUUCAGCCCAUUGACUUGCUGGAUGAAGGACUAGAAUACAGCAGCUGUUAUAACACGACCAGUCAAUGUGGAACAAACUGUUUCUGUGCAACCCCUUUGUUUUACCAGACAGAAUUUGAAUACUUUUUUCCCUGAAUUGUAUAUGACCUUGGUGCUGCAUGCAUGCUGUUGACUUUUAGGACUUUGAUCUUUUAAGGUUGUUUUUUUUUUCCAGCAUUAAUAGUGAUUUAUAAAGAUUUGAAAGUCUUUAAUGAACCAGGACACUAAGAUUUAAACUCGAAAAUUCAUUGUUCAAUUAAAGAAAGUCACAUUGCUCUGUAUGUUAUCUGUGUGUGUGCAUGCACUCAGGUGCCUUUUGUUUUAUGGACAAAUACUUUUUGUUGUACAUGUUUUCCAUUUAUCUCUAAAUCAUUGUAUAAAGUAAUUAUAGGUCAGAAUUAUACCACAGAACUGUUGAUGAGAGGCUUGUUUCUGUUGCACAUUUUCUUGAAGCAUAUUUAAAAUAACAUGUAACCUGUAACCUUGUUUAAGUUUUCCUUUCUAUUAAUACUCUGUCCUGUGGUCCCGUGCAUGCUCCUUUUCCCAGAACUCCUCUCUGCUGCACCCACAGCAUCUGUUCCCGAGGAGUUAUGACUCUUGACUUCCUGUAGGGCUGGGACUCUUAGCCUCCAGCUGCUGUACCAGCACUUUCAAUUCAAGAUCUCCCUGAUUUUGCCACAUGGAAUUAUACUUGUAUAUGAUGAAUUUAUCUAAAAUGAGUAAGGGUGAUAGACCAGUUUACUGCUUAGAAACAGCAAGAGGCACUGCAGUAAAAUUUGUCUCUCGUUAAACAACAUGUUUUUUGUCUGUUGGGAAAUCUUUAUUUUUUAAAUUUUAAAUAUUAGACUGGCAAAAUAGAAACCAAAACAUGCAGAUCCCUAAUUGGCAUUCACACAGUGAAGAAUAAUGAGUCGUAAUGGGGGAAAAAUGUAUUAUGAUCAGUUUUAUUUCUUGCUUUACCACCUAAGCAGUAAAACAUAAUAUUGACCACUUGGCGAACUGAGAAAAUUAUUUUAAAUUGCUGAGUUAUAACAGAUUUGCACACAGAUAACAUGCAUGCUAUUUAUAUCAAGUCUCACAUAAAUUACUUUAAAAUAAGCAGUGCCCUUCAAAACAGAUGCAGACAUGUGUGUUGGUAGUAGUGAGGAGAUUGGUAUUAGCAUCAAAUCUUCAUUGAUGACUAAUUUUUAAUUCCCUUCCUUUUAUCUUUAGGUAUGGCUUUCCCAACGAAAGGCUAAGAAUUCAAGAACGGUCUUAACUGAACCCUCAUCAGAUCUGAAUUUAACAUGCUUAGUCUCAGCAGCCUCCGGGGGAAAAAAAGCUUAGCCUAGCAGUCAGUGACUUACUUGCACUUUUUGCACAUAGAUAUAAAGUAAAAUUAUGUUGUUAAUUUGGUUUAGUCUGUAAUAUUACAAAGUAAUGGUAAUUUAUAAAGGAGUGUAUAGUAGUAUACUGACUGCUAAGUGUACUAUACUGUUUGCUUUACUAAUCACCUAAUUCAUUGCAGUUCAUACUUAUUGACUCAAAGUUUAAAACCACAAUCUGUAGGCUUUAAGAAUUGCUUUUAAACCUUUUUAAGUGAUAAACUCUGGAAGUGGUCUUAAGGUUAGCAAAUAAUUGUCAGUAUUAAAUAUGACAUUAUUUAAGUAGUCCUGCUGCAAGAAAGGCACUUCAGUGAAUAUGUGACUAGUAAAGCUUAAAUAUGUUUGGAUCUACUAGAGUUCAUGAAAUACUGUAAUUUGGGGAUUGUAAAUGAAUGGAUAAAAUAGGUUAAGGCCAAGAUGUUUGAAAUGAAUGCAAUAUUAAUAGAUGCAUAUAUACGUGACAUAAUAUGGUUAAUUUUAAAACUACUGUGCCUUAACGUGUUUCUUAAACUUUUGUAGUAAAUGAACAUUUGAAAUCCAUUUUUGAUAAACCUGCUGUUAAUGUUUUUUUUUCCCCUUGUGAAUGUUUUCUAACUUUGUCUUGGUAAUUGCAAUUUAACUAGGUGCGGUGGCUACUAAAGUUCGAAGGCACGAUAUGCGUGUCCAUCCUUACCAAAGGAUUGUGACCGCAGACCGAGGUUAGUUUAGUUCUGCAGUUCUUGUUCAUAAGAAUGCGCUGGGUGUCCAUACAAUUUGCAACACCACGCCUGAUGGAAACAUGUAAUUGCUUACCUGCACACAGUUUCUUUUCCUUUUCUAAAUUCAUUUGUAAUAAUUGACAGAUUUAGGGGUUGGGUUUUUUGUUUUGUUUUUUUUUCUCCUCCCUUUAUAUUUUAACUUAUUAAAUCUUCUGUUACGUGCUAUGAUUUAUUCCUACUAAAACACAAAUUAGUUGAUUGGGAAAGCUGUUAAAUUUUGAUGUUGCCUCAACUAUUUUUCAGUAAUAAUGUUUGCUAAAAUUUUCCUUUAAUUGUUCAGAAAUUUGGGGUUGGUAUUGCAAAAUGAAUUGAACAGAUGGUGCUUUAAUGAAAGAAGUAAAGGACUAUAUGUCUCCUGUGUACUUUUGGAGAAAACUGAAGAUUUAGUUUCCCUUUUUCUUUAUAAUAAAAUAUUUGAGCCACUGUAUAAGCCUGAGGGUGCACAUGUCAGGUAUUUAGAUGAAAUCAACAAAGUAAGGACUGUGAAGAUAACUUUCAUGUAGUUGGAUUUUUAAAAAUAAAUUAGAAAGUCAAUUCCCUUUUAUUCUUACAUUCUCUUGCCAAAAUGGAUCCUUUGAUUUUUGUCAUUUGCUGCUAAAAUAUAUUAUCCGAAGGGUAAACUAUCUCUUAAAGCUUUGUGGUGAUAGAGAUCCAGCUGUUUGAGUAUCCUUUUUGACUAACCUGUGACUGGAAAAUAAGUCUCCAUUUUUCUCCUUUACAACAUUGGUAAUUUGUGUCCUAUAUAUGCCCUUGGACCCUUUUGUAAAUUAUUUAUGCUUGUUGAGGAGCGACAUUUUCGGUUUAUUGACAUUGAAUUGUUUCUUAAGUUUUUCAUCACAGGAUGGUAAUCUGAAGCAUGGUAGAAAAGGAUUUUUUACACUUUUCUAUCAUGGCACAUUUAUUAUCUACUAAUUAAAUCUAUCAGAAUCUCUAAUAUUAGUGGGAAAUAAGUGAUGGAUUUACACUUCAGUCUCACGUCUAUGAAUUUAUGUAAGACCUGCCAGCUUCAUGUGGUUACCUUGAAUACUGAUGAUAAAUACUAGACAUAGCUGUUCUUCACAUCAGAAAUAAAAUGCCUUUCCAAAGAUAUUGUUGAUAUUUAUUUAACAUCAUACAUAAUUAAAGAGCCCUGAGGACUUUUACACUAAUGUAUACAUGACUUGUCAUGAUUAUUCAGUGAACAGAAUAGAUCCUCAGAUGAACGAUAAUUUAUGAAGGCAGAACUUCUGAUAAGUGUGUCAUGUACAAGCAUAUGCACAGCUCUUCUUGCAUCAGAGCAUGUCCCCCUAGGAAUGGGAGAGUUUUUUUGUUUGUUUGUUUGGUGUUUUUUGGCACUUUAGUUCUAAAGAAACUGGAUAAUUCCAUUAGUAACUUAAAGUGUAUACAUAUCGCUGAUAUCUAAAAUAGUUUAAAGAGCAGUUUCAAGUGUUUUUUAAGGAGAUUUUUAAAAAUAAUUUUGUCUUAACACAAUAAUUAUUGGCCUACUUAAUACUUCAGUGCCUUGAGAUAGUUGAAAAUAUUGGAGGGCAAUAUUACCAUAUUUGGAAAAUUACAACACAUUCCAUGCAUGGCUCUUUCGUACUUACAUGGAUUUUGAUUAGUCCUGUCACUGUUUUUAUUCAAAAUGCAAUGUCAGCAAACCGAAAUGCUAUUUUUUAUAAAAAUAACAGAGUACUUGUAUACUUAUUAUCACUGUAUGCACUCAUUGGGUCUAAGGGAGAUGUCUAAAGUCCUUCACUUAAAUUAUUUUAUGAUACUACUGUUUUCUCUAUUUUUGAGGUUUUCAAAACUAUUUUUAAAAAGUCUUUCGAAGAGAAGCUUAUUAUAGGCAUUCACUUACUGCAAAGAAACUCGGUCCUUGGAUGUAUAACCAUGUAAUUCUAUUAUGAUAAUUUAGAGCACUACAUGGUUGACCAGUAUCUAGUUCUUUACUAAAAAUAAACCCAUUUCAAAACUGAAUUUGAAGCCUGAAGACCAACUGACGUUUUAGUUGUAAUGAACUAUAAAUGGUUUUGCACAGUUUUGACAUACCUGUGUGUACUGUAGGAGGCCCAGACUUGGCAGAGGAUGUAUUCUAGGUGUACUGGUAUAUGUAGAUGGUAAUUUGUUUUAUUUAUAUAUUCCACACUCCAAAAAAAUCAGAAGUUUUUCUGAGUAAUGAUUUUAUAAAAACCAUCACUUACCAAAUUUGUAUAAGAAACUUAGUUUUAAUCAAAAUUUUAAGUAAUAUCAAAAAUGCUUUAAGAUAUUUUAUUUUGGAGUACCUGUGAAGUAGUAUGACUACAUCAUGUUAAAUAUUUAUUUUCUUCUUUGAUUUUGGAGGAACAGUUUUUAUUUUAAAUAAAAUUCCACUUUUUAAGAAAUUCAGGGAAGAUUUGGUCACAGUGAAGAUACAAUAUUUUUUUAGUAUUUAUAACCUGUUCUAAAUAAUAGAGUGUAGAAAGCAUUUUUGUCAUAUGAAGGUAAAUCAGUUCAUUCUAUAGAUCAUUUAAACUCUGUGAACAUUACACCUACUAGGUUUUGAUUUAUGAAGUGGCACAGAAUCUUACUUUGCACUGAAUAUCUUUUCGUUCACAUCUCCUCUGCCUUAGUCACGAUGGCAACAGUACAGAAAAUUAUAUCAAACCUCAGAAUAUAGUAGAAAUAAUUAAGCUGUUGAAUGAGUCUUAAAAAUCAUACUACUGUUAAGUGGACCAAGUUUGGUGAAGCAGAAUGUGACAGAGGUUGAUUAAGGAAGGAAUAGCUCAAGGACAUUGGGAAUGAUAACUUUUCCACUUGAGAAUUACUUUAUGUUUUACUGUAAUUUUUAAACAUUUUUUGUUCCUUUUGUUAUUUUGCAAAAGAAAAUAGUAUUUACAGGUGGCUUCUUUUAAAAUAUAAAAAUAUAAAGCAGGAAUGUAUAUGAAAUGUCAGAUUUUAUUGUAUUUGCAGAGUAUUAGCUUUGAAAUUGAAUAAAGAAAGCUGUUUGUAGUUUUAAAAUGCCUUAUUGGUAUCAGUUAGAAAUUUCUUCUAUUUUUUGAUGUACUUAGAGCUUUUUGAGUAUAGAUUUUAAAUGGCAGGAUUUUACAGUGUUUACAUGCAAGUGCAUUUUAUAAGUGUUCUAUAUGUGUAAAAUAGUAUUUUCAACUGGAAAGUGUUGGCUAGUGCAAGAGGCCUGGCCUUUUUCUGGUUCCCAUGAUGUUGCCUACACUGCUAGACUACAGUUUAGUAUUGCUUUGUAUCAUGAGGCCAAGAAAUUCCAUGUUGUUUGUAAAUAGAAUAAUUGAAAAAGCAAUAAACAUUUAUUGAACAAAAGAAA